AUGAUGCGUGGAGGAACUGGUCUACUUUGCUCCACGCUUAUAUGUCGUAUCCCGUUUGUAAGUGUGGGUUCUAGUCGGCGAAUGGAAACCCCCACCAAAGAAUCACAGGAAAUAAAAGAUUCCACUGCAUUGCCGAGUGGAAGCCAUGCACAACGCACCAGUUGCACUGGCCCAUUUAGCGCAGUCAAUGUUGUGUGGAAUGAUGAGCGGUGCGGGGAGGAGGAGAAAAUGUUGGCACUCAUAAAGGAGCAAGAAGAGCGUCGGAUUGCCCGUCGAGAGGCUUUUUUGAAAUGGCAGGCGGGCCAACGUGAAAAGGGCGCCGCGCACCGUUUGGUACGUCAGGCAAAGACACAAGAAAAGUUCAAGAGACACCAUUACCACGCACAGAGUGGAAGGCUGAUUUCUAUCGCUUUAUCUCACGUCGAAAACACCUCCCACAACAGCUCCGAUGGCGGCAUGGAUUUUGUCUCUUCUUCUUCUUUUCGGCAUGAAGGCGAACGAGGACGUGCGACAAACUUUUUGUUUUGUUGCGGUACGCGUACGGAAAGACGGACACCCCACGGGUGA